ACGGCGAAAAAAAACUGUGUAAUUCGGUACAGUAUCGAAGUAUUUAUAUUUGGAUCUUUGGAAGAGGGUUGGUCUCCGUCUCGUCUCCCGCCGUGAUUGGUGGCUUUGCUCGGCGGCAAGAUGGCUGCGUUGGCGCCCUCACUCAAUAGCGGCAUCCUGGUGGAAUGACGCAAGCCACACACUUCGCCUUCACUCCUCCGGAGGUUCGCAGUCACAUCCCCGCCCGACCCACCACCACCACCACCACCACCACCGCCGCCGUCGCUACCGCCGAGCCCGGAAGAAGACGGAGCGGCUUCACCUCCCCUUCGAACCCGGACCGGGAGGAGCUGGCGCCUCUUGCGUCGUGAGAGUGCGAUGAGGAGAGCGUUCCCAGCGUGAGGAGGCCAUGGGCUGCACCUCGGCCAAGCAGGUGUCGGCCGUGCCCAACGAUGACGAGGGCCGUGGCAAGGCCUACAGCAACGGCGACCUCUUUGCAGAUGAAUACAAGGCGAAGGGACUGGAGGAGGUGAAGUACAUGAGAGGCGAGGAAAACCGGGUCAAUGUGCGCAACCAGGAGAACUUGGAGAGAAGUAACACAUCGCAAAGUGGCAAGUUCCAGAAAGAGAUGGCGGCAAAUAUUAAGUCAAACAUUCACACGUCAGAGAGCCAGCAGGAAUUCUUCCGGAUGCUGGAUGAGAAGAUUGAGAAGGGACGUGACUACUGCUCAGAGGAAGAGGAGGGGUCAUAGCACAGAGGGCCCCCCGCCCCACCUACCAACACCCCCACCCUCCUCAGACAUCACACCAACUGAGACCCUCACAGUGUGUAUGCAUAGUGAGAGCGUGUGAGGUCAAUCAGUAUUUUACCAGCAGGGGGCGUGCAUGUGCGGGAGAUGGCAAAGGAAGUAUUUGAACUUGAAAGGACCAAGGUGGGACAAAAGGACAUCUUUUUCUGCCCCCAACCCAAGGCCGGGGCCCUGAGUGCACUGAUGGGUGAAAGGACCGAGUGAAUGGGGGACAAACUUUCUCAAAUGUGGCGGUCCAUGCAGGUGAGGAAGAAUUUCAGAACAUCACGCAGAACUUUAUUGCUGGACAAGCCGGACGGAAAGAGUUUGUGAUAUUUUAAUAAGAGGCAGAAGUCCGCUAGUCCGCUACCUUAUUGUCCCCCCCCCCCCCUUAUUUUUUUUUGAACACUUGUAAAUUAUCAACAUGGAGCAUAUUACUGCCGCCUCAUCCUCCCUCAACACAUACGCACACACACUUUCAGUUCACCAGCAACAUUCAAGCCAGCUUCUUUUCUUUUGGUCAUUUUAGAGCGUACACACACACACACACGCAAACAUGCACACACACAUGCUCGCUCACUCAGGCACUGUAGCAAAUUAACAACUGAAGAGGGAGGAUGAGAAUCAGGAGGAUGAAGCGAAAGCGCGCUUGCUGUGGAGAUGCAGACCCGAUGACCUUUCUGUUCUUUUGUUUACCGGAGAUUUCCUUGUUAUAUUAUUUGUAUAUGUUUUUUUUACUCUUAAAAUUAAAAUGGCAAAGCUUGUA